AGACAGCCUCUGAAAAACAUUUUUCAAACUGUUUUAAAAUCAGAUAAAUCACCGAUUCUGGAGUUUUCAGUCUUCUGUGAUAUGGUUUUAUAGUUUAUUUUGACAGUUUAUUUGGUUUUUAUAACUAUUUAAUCGGAAAGAAUGAAGGGUAAGAAGGACAAGAAGAAUAAAGCCGACGCAGACGAAGCUUCUGCAUCUGUGACUGUGAAAUCCGAACAGAUGGACGACUCUGCCGAGGAGACCAAAGUCAAGAAGGACACCAAAAAAGAAAAACCACCGCCUGCCAAACAGAAACCGCCCGCUAAGGACGACGUAGCCGAUAUGUCUGAGGAAGAGGCUAAGCCUAAGAAAGACAAAAAAGCCGGAAAAGAAAAACCCAGCGCGAAGCCAGAUAAUGAAGAAUCCGAUGAUGCAGCCAAAGCAGCAAAAAAGGAUAAAAAGAAAGAUAAAAAGAAACCCACAGCUGCCCCCGAGGAAAAUGAUGAGUCCGAACCCGAGAUGAAGACGAAAAAGGAUAAAAAGAAGGAGAAGCCCAAACCAGCGGAAGAAACCCCUGAAGAUGAACAUUCUGAAGAGGAAGGUAAAAGUAAAAAAGACAAGAAGAAGAAAGGAAAAACUACCGAAAAAUCCGAGGACGGAGAAAAGGUAAAGGUGAAAAAGGGGCAGAAGGAUGUGGAGGCUGGGGAUCAUCUGGAAGAUGACGAUAAGGGGAAAAAGAAAAAGGAGAAGGCCGCAAAAAAUAAUGAGGGUGAAGAGUCAGAAGACGAGGUGAAAGAGAAGAAGGACAAGAAAAAGGGAAAACCGAAGGGAAAACUGGGAAAAGCUGGAGCUAAAGUGGACAAGGAGGAGGCAUCGGAUGAAGAAAUGGCCGCGAAAAAGAAGGGGAAACCCGCAGUAAAAUUUGUGGAGAGUGAUGAAGAGUCGGAUGAGGAGGAGGUUAAACCAGUGCCGAAGGGAAAAGGUACGGGGAAGAAGACAGCUGCUCGUGUAGCUAAUGCUUUUGCUGCGCUCGAUAUCGAGGAUGAUGAUGACGAUGAAGAGGAUGAAAAAUCGGAGGAUGAUUCUGAAGAUGAUGAAAAUACCUCGAAGAAGAAAGCAGCUCAAGUCAAAGCCGAACCGGUUGAGGAGGGCCCCAAGCUUACGCGGAAGGAACGCUUGGCGAAGGAGAAACAGGCGAAGUACGAAGCGGAAUUGGCCAGCCGAGGGCCUGGCGCUUCUUCCGGUGGAGGCGGAGGAGAUCAGUUUAGUGUGUCGCAGCAGACGAGCAAAGUAUCUUCGCAGAAUCUGGAAAAUGCCGUCGAUAUCAAGAUCGAAAAAUUCUCUAUUGCUGCUCGCGGCAAGCAGCUGUUUGACAAUGCCACGUUAUCGAUUACUCAGGGACGGCGAUAUGGUUUGGUCGGACCAAAUGGGCAUGGAAAAACAACCUUGCUACAACACAUUGCCGGUCGUCAGUUAGCCAUUCCUCCUAAUAUCGACGUUCUUCUCUGCGAACAGGAAGUGGUAGCUGAUGCGACACCCGCUGUUGAUGCGGUGUUGAAAGCUGAUACCAAGCGGUUGGAAUUGCUGGCGCUGGAGAAGACGCUGACCGCCGAUUCCGCUAAAGGGGAUCUGAAAGCUACGGAGAAACUACGGGACGUGUACGAACAAUUGGCGGCUAUCGGAGCGGAUUCCGCUGAAGCCCGAGCGCGUCGUAUCUUGGCAGGUCUGGGUUUUGAUGUGGAGAUGCAGACUCGUCCAACAAACCAGUUUUCCGGUGGUUGGCGUAUGCGUGUAUCUUUAGCACGAGCUCUAUUCAUGGAGCCGACUCUCCUUCUCCUUGAUGAACCGACAAACCAUUUGGACCUGAAUGCCGUCAUCUGGUUGGACAAUUACCUGCGGAAUUGGAAGAAAACCUUGCUGAUUGUGUCUCACGACCAGAGCUUUUUGGACAAUGUCUGCACGGACGUGGUGCAUUUGGACGAAAAGAAACUAUACUAUUAUCGCGGCAACUACACCCAGUUCAAGAAAAUGUUAACCCAAAAACGGGCGGAACAGCAGAAAGAAUACGAAAAACAGGAGAAGAAAUUGCGAGAACUGAAGAGCUCGGGCAAAAGUACCAAACAAGCUGAGGAAAAGACAAAAACAGCGCUGGCGAAGAAACAGGAGAAGUCGAAGAUUGGCAAGAAAAAGAACCAGGAGGAUGAUGAGGAUCAGGGUCCACAGGAGCUGUUAACGCGCAUAAGAGAAUAUAUGGUGAAAUUCCGGUUUCCUCAGCCGACGGAUCUGAACCCUCCCAUUCUGGGUGCUUUCAACGUAACAUUCGGAUAUGCCAAUCAGCCGAACAUUUUCGAACGUCUGGAUUUUGGUAUCGACAUGACGUCCCGCGUGGCCAUUGUGGGGCCGAACGGUGUGGGCAAAAGUACCCUGCUCAAGCUUUUAUGCGGUGAUAUCCAGCCGGUGCAAGGCGAAGUGCGGCGGAAUGCCCGUUUGCGCAUUGGGCGCUUUGAUCAGCACAGCGGAGAACAUUUGAGUCUGACCGAAAGUGCGACGGAAUAUCUGCAGCGGUUAUUUAAUCUGAAUUACCAGGAGGCUCGACGGCGGUUGGGACAGUUUGGAUUGGCGGCGCAUGCGCAUACCAUUAAGAUUUCCGAUUUAUCCGGUGGACAGAAGUCGCGUGUGGCACUAGCGGAGUUGGCGGGGCGGGCUCCGGAUGUGUUGGUAUUGGAUGAACCGACGAAUAAUUUGGAUAUCGAGUCGAUUGACGCCCUGGCAGAAGCCAUUCGGGAAUUUUCCGGAGGUGUGAUUUUGGUAAGCCACGAUGAGCGAUUGAUUCGUGAGACCGAAUGCCAGUUGUGGAUUAUCGAGGACAAAACGAUAAACGAGAUCGAAGGAGAUUUCGAUGAUUAUCGUGGAGAAGUUUUGAAAGCGUUAGGUGAAAGUGUUGUAGGACCGAACGCCUCUUAAAAUAUUAUAUUAACUAGUAAUGAUGGAUAAUUUCUUCGAAUGUGACGGUGUUCUUUGUGCACGAUUCUGGGUUUGGAAAACUGGUGAUGCUGAGUUGGCAUAGGGUUGGAUUAUUAAAAAUGUUUGUGAA